AUGUCAUUUUGCAUGUACUGUUGUUGUUGCUUUUGUUGUGCUGGAUUACUGUGCAGAUGGAUCGCCAAAUCUCAUCUGAAAUGUCUUAAUCCUUCAAAGCUAUGGUCAAAUGCCAUUGCAACAGAUGGAUCAUUUCCCGCUCGUGACCGGCAAGUAUUAGCUGACGCAUGGAUUCAUCCAAAUGUAUUGCUUUUCUUUCUUUCCGCUCAACUCAUGUCAGAAGUGGAAAAGUGUGGGAAGGAUUUGAAUCUGUUUGUGUGCUUAUCAGAACGAACAAAUGUUAAUCGUGCUUGUGGCAGUGCAAAAGUCAAUGAAAAAUUGGUACUUGAAUCACAGAGUUCAAAAUCAAAAUAUGGCUUCAUACAUAGUUCUGUCAAAUGCAUCAACGCAAUGGGCAAAGAUUCGACGAAUAGUUCAAAGCUGAAACCAUCAUUUCAGCGACGAAAAAGUAAUUAA